AUGAGUAGAAAAGUUAUUCUCGUGCUCCUCACCAGUUGGGUUUGUGGAAUACAAUGCCAGAACAUAACAGAGGCACACUUGCAAGAAAUCCGUACGGAUAUCCAUCGAAUGGAAGAGAAAGCAAGAGCAAUGCAUCAGAAAGCUUUGGCUGAAGCCGAUGGCGAUUUUCGAAACUUGUCGAAUCAUAUCAACACCACCACGGUUGAUUCAAUGUCAACACAAACCCCAAAACAAGGAAACGGGUUGGAUGGUUUGAUCCCUAAAGAAUCAUGUGGCGCUGUAGAUUGUAAUAACCGAGGAACUUGCAUUGGAACGAAGUCAACUUACCUUUGUGCGUGUUCCAUCGGUUUUUCCGGGAAGAAUUGCGAAGAUACCAUUUGUGAUUCUGCUCGAGAUUGUAAUGGACGAGGAAUCUGUUUAGGAACAACUACAACCCUAACCUGCUUAUGUAACAUCGGCUAUACAGGAAAACGUUGUGAAACGUUAAUCCAUUGA